CUCUUUGCCUAUUUGCUUCUUUCUCUGGUUCACAGAAAGCGAACCAAAACCAAAAGUUCUAGACUUUGAGCUAACAAUCUCUAAACUAAUUGCAUGUAGAUGCUUUUUUGGAGCCGUAGCUCGCCAACUCUUGACUUAUCUUUGACUUGGUAGAGACCAGCUCAUGGCGAAUAAUCCCUCCGAGGCCACCAACGACGAUUUCCUGGAGCAAAUUCUAGGGCUUCAGAACUUUGCUGCGGCAGAGACCGGAUUGGCCGGAGCGGACGGAGGCUUAGCUCCUCCGCCUAUGAUGCUUCAGCUCAGCUCCGGGGACGGCUCAGCUCACAUUGGUGGUGGUGCCGGCGCGUACCAUGGUUCAGUGUUUCCUUUGGGGCUGAGCUUGGACCAAGGGAAAGGAGGGGGAGGGGGAGGAGGAGUGUUUUUGAAGCCCGAGGACGCCUCUGGGAGUGGAAAACGUUUUCGCGACGAAGUCGUUGAUGGUAGAGCUCCUUCCGCAAAAAAUGUUUUCAAUGGACAGCCUAUGCACACGACUGUUGCUGCAGCACCACAUGCACCAGCAAUGCGUCCAAGAGUUCGAGCUAGACGAGGACAGGCCACGGACCCACACAGCAUUGCUGAGCGGUUGCGCAGAGAAAGAAUAGCAGAAAGGAUCAGGGCACUGCAGGACCUAGUUCCUAGUGUCAACAAGACAGAUAGAGCCGCGAUGCUUGACGAAAUUGUGGAUUAUGUGAAGUUCUUAAGACUCCAAGUAAAGGUUUUAAGCAUGAGUAGACUGGGUGGAGCUGGCGCAGUGGCGCCACUUGUAACGGACAUCCCAUUGUCAUCGGUUGAGGAUGAAUCAGGUGAAGGUGGAAGAAACCAACCGGCCUGGGAGAAGUGGUCCAACGAUGGCACAGAACGGCAGGUAGCUAAACUCAUGGAAGAAAACGUUGGUGCUGCAAUGCAAUUUCUUCAAUCUAAGGCUCUUUGCAUCAUGCCUAUCUCACUCGCCUCAGCCAUUUACCAUACUCAACCACCAGAUACCUCUAGCAUCGUGAAGCCGGAAACAAACCCCCCUUCAUGAAACCUCUCCAUGGUUCAGUAGUCGGUACAUAUCCCCUGGUCCCAUCCUCAAGUAGUCACUAAAAUGGUCUGGGGUCCCACUCUUAGUUUUUUUUUUUCCUUUCAAAUUGCCAUCAAAGUCAGAUGCCAUAGUUCUUGCUUUUGCCUGCCUUUUCCAGCUUUUGUCAAAACAGGUUUCGACGUCAAUGCUUAAAAAAAAUGCAGGCAGACCCUUUAUGUCUUGACAAGUUCCAGUUAAAGGAGGGGGGAAUUGUCAAAGCUUUACUCUUGAUAUGCUUUGCUUUUUCAUUGUUGUUGCUAGUGGUACUGGUGGGGGUAGUGGAAAGCACUUUUGAAGUGGGGCUCUUCACUCUUGUUUUUGGCUAAGUGCGUUGUGGGACCUUCUAAUAGGGAUAGAUAUAGGGUAUAUAAAUAUUGUAAUACUGUAUUUCAUAGCCAAUGGAAUGCAGAGGUAGAAUGGAUAAUGGUUGGUUGAUUGGCAAAGCUUGGUGUUUUUAGUCCAAUUUGAAAUUGAUAUUUGCUACUUUGUUUAAAGGGGUAGAGUGUUUUUGA